AUGUCCAACGACAGCCACACCGACCUGUUCGCCGCCGGUCUCAAAAACCGCCGGGAGGUGGUUGGAAAUGCCUACGUCGACGCCGCCCUACGUAACGGCUCUAGCGAAUUCGCUUACCCCGGUCAACAACUCGUUACCGAGUGGUGCUGGGGGAACGUAUGGUCACGUCCUGGCCUGGAGCGCAAGCAGCGCAGUCUCCUGAACAUCGGCAUGUUGAUCGCGUUGAAGAGCUGGCCCGAGUUGGGCAUCCACGUCCGUGGUGCUCUGAACAACGGCCUGAGUGAGGUCGAAAUCCGCGAGGCUGUCCUCCAAGCCACCAUCUACUGCGGAGUACCUGCGGGUGUGGAGGCUAUGAAAGUAGCUGAGAAGACUAUUAAUGAUAUGAUUCAGAAGGGUGAGCACAAGAGGGAGCUUGCGGAGGUGUCACCAGAGGCCAAGACGGGAGUGUAA